UCUUACACAAAACAAGUCAUUACGUGGUUGUCUCCUGCAGAUAAGCAAUCACCUAAUCGGUAUUGUACAUUUCUGAUUAUUAGGUACAAAUGUUAAACAUGGUUGAUUGGAGGUCAUUCCUUCUCAUCUUAAUAUCUUUUGUAUAUGGAGGCUUGGGUGAUGUCCAAUUUCCAUGGAAGUUUCAUCCAACCGUUAACCCAGUUGUGAAAGAUGGAAAGCGGUCAGGCGAAUCAAUGUUGACGCCCUCGACCACUCUUGUGCCGCCUAAAAGACCACCUACAGGAACUGCUUUUCCCAUAAGCGCAAAUUCAGAUUGUGAAGAUACCCCAAGCGCCAACUGCCCGCUCUACAAUACUGCCAUCGUUUGUGAUUCUCAAGGAAUUUACUACCUGUGGGCACGAAAGAACUGUCGCUUACAUUGCGGAUUCUGUCAAACUUGCAAAGAUACUCUGAACUGUAGAGUUUACAAUGCGUCCAUGAUUUGUAUCACCAAUGGCAUUUAUUAUCCCUGGUCCCUUAAGCAUUGUCCAGCGUAUUGUGGAUAUUGCCAAGCUCCUACACGAAUCGUUCCCUGUAGCGAUAGACUGCCAAACUGUAAUGAGUAUCCUCCAGAUCUGUGUACAAACGAAAGCUAUCGCCUCUGGAGAGAGGACAACUGUAGAAAGUUCUGUGGAAUAUGUUCAGGUAUUGAUAGCGUUAUAGAUUACUCCUCCAUGGUUGGUUGAUCCGACAUUUUUUGGACCUGGCUCAGUGUU